AUGAAACGCGAGUGGACGUCCUCUCGCGCGGGAUCCCGUCCAGCCCCGGGAUCACAGCCUACCCGCGCGCCGCGCCUCUCACGAUGGGGCGCCCUAAACAAACCCCGAGAAACAACCCCAAGUGCCCUCGGCUCGGCCGUGGCGUUUUCCGCGGGGUAA